AUGGAUGCUAAAAUUGACCCGCUUGAGGGGCUCGACCUUGAUGACAGCCACAACAUCGCUAUUUUGACAGUUACUUCUGUCUUCUUCGGUAUUUCGCUGGUGAGCGUUAUGCUAAGGUGUUUCGUUCGCACCCAAGUGGUUCGUGCCUGGGGUUGGGAUGAUGGAACUAUGGUAAUAGCUAUGGCGCUCAAUACGGCCUUCGCCCUCUGCGGAAUCUUCGGAUGUAAAUACGGCUUCGGGAGAGAAAUGGGUUACUUCAUCCUGCACCCAGACGACCUCCACCGCGCAAUGCUGUGUUGGUGGCUAGGCCAACAAUUUUACGUAUUAACCUGCGUCGUCGCUAAAAUCUCUAUCAUCAUCGCCCUUCUCCGAAUCACCAUCUCUCGUGUCCACGCCUACAUCCUCUACGCCGCUAUGGCCCUGGCCACCGUCAUUGGUCUCCUCUUCUUCUUCUUCACCAUAUUCCAAUGCUCCCCCGUCGACUAUUUCUGGAACCGCGCACAGCCUAACGCUCAUGGCUCGUGCAUCAGUAAAAACCUCCUCAUGAGUAUCGCGUACUUGUAUAGUGCCGGCGCCGCUAUAACCGACCUUACUAUUGGAUUCCUUCCGGUGGCGUUGAUCUGGGACUUGCAUAUGAAUCGCCGCACUAAGGUUGCCGUUGUCGCUGUUCUGGGUAUCGGCUGCAUUGCGAGUGCUGCGGUUAUCAUUCGCAUCCCCUACAUCCCCACUUACAAAAGCCCAGACUUCCUCUACACCACUUACCAACUCUCUAUAUGGUCCAACAUCGAAGCAGGAAUCGGCAUCACGGCCGGCUGUCUAAUAACCUUGCGACCCUUGGUCCGCUUCUUGCGCGAUAGCUCCUCCGAUGCCACACCAAACUCAUAUCCUCUACCUAACAAGGUUGCCGGCGGCUUCCACCGUUCUGCGGCAUCAAAGCAGAUAUCCGCUGAUGACGCGCACCAGCUCUGGACUGAUAGAGGGACUGACAAAUACCGCGGCGUCACUACCACUAUCUCCGGAGCUCGCCAAAAACAACUUAGUUCCAGCGAGGAGGCCCUGGCUCCAUAUAGUAAUGACCCCAAUUCUCCGGGGUGGAUGGUGGAGAGGGCUGUUCACGUGUCCUAUUCAUGA